AGUCUUGAAUCUGCCCUCGGUGAUGUCGCGCUUUUGUAUGCGGAACUCCCCAAGGAGACACAAUUUCCCAUAAAUAUAUUUUGACCAGCAAUUGCCCACUGAAGAAGAGUUAUCAAUGUAAUAAGCAGAUAAAAGAUGUGUGAAGCGAUUAUUAAGUUUAUACGGUCAUAAACCAUCGACAGAUACUGUAUAAGUUGAUGUCUUAUCAGUGGACAUUAUAAAGCCCCUGAACCACCUGAUUUGUUAGAUUUGCUUUUGGUCUUCAUUAGUGAUCUGUGUGAUAGAGUGGACAGUCCAUGGUGCUUUAAGUGAAUCCUAAUCACAUUUACCAGUGAAGUUUUAGUGAGAAAAAAUGGUGCUUAGUGCAACGAAAAAGAAGUGGUUGAUCUUCGGUGGUGGAGCCCUUGUGCUCGUGGUGGCUCUUGCAAUUGCCCUACCUCUAACGGUAGGGAAAAGUGUGUCAAGUGUCCAGGGAUCAGAUACCUUCCGAGGAAGUAGUGUACUGGAUGAAGUACCUCUCAUCGAUGGACACAAUGAUCUGCCGCACAAUCUCUACAGCAUCGAAAAGAAUCAACUGGCGAACUUCAACUUUGAUUCUGAUCUCAGACUUCAUCCCAUUUGGGGCCCUAGAUCCUCCAGUCACACUGACCUGCCGCGGCUGAGAACAGGAAAAGUUGGUGGACAGUUUUGGGUGGCUUACGUGAGCUGUGACACUCAGCACAAGGAUGCUGUAGAGAGGACCAUGGCCCAAAUUGAUGUGAUCAAGAGACUCAUCAAAAAAUAUCCCAAUGAUCUUCAAUAUGCAACAACAGCAGAUGAAAUUGAAGCGGCUUUCAAAGCUGGAAAAAUUGCCAGUCUCAUCGUUGUUGAGGGUGGUCAUUCCAUUGACGAUCGCCUUUCCGUCCUGCGACUCUACUACGAAUUGGGUGUCCGCUACAUGACCCUGACGCAUAGUUGCAACCAACCUUGGGUGGAUGCUUCCCCGAUAGAUGACACCACCAACGAGAAGCGCAACCUUACAGACUUUGGGGUAAAAGUAGUCUGGGAGAUGAACAGACUGGGCAUGAUGGUGGACAUCUCUCAUGUUAGUGCUGGAGUGAUGCAUCAUGCAUUGGAUGUUAGUCGGGCCCCGGUGAUUUUCAGCCAUUCUUCCUCGUACGCUAUGUACCCUCAUCAUCGGAAUGCAAAAGACGAUGUUCUGGCCAGAUUGCCACAGAAUGGAGGCAUAAUCAUGGUUAAUUUCUACUCCUUCUUCGUGGCUGGUCAAGAUGCUACCAUCGACGACGUCAUUAGGCAUAUUAAUCACAUCAGGGAUGUAGCAGGUGUUGACCAUGUUGGACUUGGUGGAGAUUACGACGGAGUUUCAAGACAACCAAUUGGCCUUGAGGAUGUGUCCAAGUAUCCCGAUCUCUUUGAUAAACUUGCCCAACCCGGUCACGGAUACGAACCUUGGACACCAGAAGAACUCAAGAAAUUGGCUGGAUUGAACAUAUUGAGGGUUAUGCGUCAGGUUGAGCAAGUUGCUGCUGGAUUGGUGAGCGAGGAACCCUACGAACUCAAUAUUCCCGAUGAGGACAUUCACGCCUUCGAUCCUAAUCAGUCAUGCAAAACAGACUUUAGAUACAAUCCAUCUAAUGAAAUGUUUACAGAAAUUUAAAGAUUUUUGCUAUUAAAUUAAUGUUCUUUAAUGUU